AUGGGGAUGAGGGUGCCGGGGUGGGUUGGGGGCCUGGUGGAGGAGAGCUUCUUCGUGGGGUGCGAGGCGCACGAGAGCCGCAAGAAGAACGAGAAGAACAUCUUCUGUCUCGCCUGCUGCACCAGCAUCUGCCCGCACUGCGCCCCAGCUCACCGCCACCAUCCCCUCCUCCAGGUGCGGCGAUACGUGUACAAUGACGUCGUCCGCCUGGGUGACCUCGAGAAGCUCAUCGACUGCUCCUAUGUCCAGCCCUACACGAUCAACAGCGCUAAGGUGAUCUUCCUCAAGCCCAGGCCUCAGUCCAGGCCGUUCAAGGGCACCGGUAACGUCUGCCUCACAUGUGACAGGAUCCUCCAGGAGCCCUUCCACUUCUGCUGCCUCUCCUGCAAGGUGGACCAUGUGGUGGACCAGGGAGGGGACCUCUCCAACAUCCUGCUCUACCACGCCGGCGACGGUCUACCCUUCCCACGCUUUGAGAACCUCCACGUCGGCGAUGCCGACUCGGGCCAGGUCACGCCAAACUCGAUCCUCGAGGACCCGGUGCAUCACCACAAUGGCUAUGGCUAUGGUGGUGGUGGCAGCGGCGGGUCGAGCGAUAAUGCAGGUAAUGGCGAUGGUGGUGGCGAGACGGUGGUGAAGAGGAAGAAAGGAGGAGGGUUCUUCCCCAAGAUUGUGCUGUCACUGGGCAACAGGAGGAAGGGUGCACCCCACAGAUCCCCUCUAGCCUGAG